CAAACCCUGCUGAAAGACCCAGCUGAGAAAGAGCACUUCCUCCAGCUGGGUCCCAGUUGUGACUCGGCUCUGCAGAUGCUGGUGUGGGAGUUCCUCUCCAGACUGGAGCAGCUGCUGCCAGUACCAGACCUCAAACAGACUGUAUCAUGGCUCGGUGCUGCCCCCUCUGUCCUGGAGGAGUGUGUGCAGUCUGUCUCUGACCCACAGCAGCUUAAGACCCUACUCCAGCACCACAGAUGUCUUGGACCCCUGGACAGGAAUGAAUCUCUGCCCUCCAUGCACAGCUAUAAUCCGUCAUCACUUUCUCUCACGUCAUUUGUAAAAGUUGUGGAUUCAUCUGAUCUGACUGACUGUGAUAGCCAAUCAGAAGUUGCAUUUGGCUCUAAGAAGUUGUUAAGCCCUGCCUCUUCAGGUGAAGAGAUAAAGACAGAAUGUGUGAUGGACAGCAGAGAUUACACAGGGGUGGAACUUGGAUCAGGUCUGAACAGAAGUGAAGACAUAGAGGAGAGGAUGGAGAGGAAGACUGGAUAUGGGAUGAGCAGGGAGGAGAUAGACAUACUAUCCAACAUAAAGGAGGAGGAAGAGGAAGGCGGAGAGAAGCAGAUUGAGACAAUGAAGAGGGAGGAUGAUGUGAGAGAUGAAGAGGACAAGGGACUUUGGAGGGAGGGCCAAAAAGAGAGAGAUGAACAAAGGGAGAGAGAUGAAAGUGAUCCAGCCCUCCAGACUGACAGAGAGCUGAAGAAUGAAGGAAAAUCAGUCUGUAGCCAACAGGAAUGGGAGGGCUUUUCACCUCAGGUCACAUCCUGUCUUCUCAAACAGCCUAGAGUGCUGAUUCACCGACUUGAGGUCACAGAGAUGUCAGUUCCUGUAUCAUCACUUCCUCAUCUGGCGGUCAAUAAUGGGUACCAGGGAAUGAGAUCUCCAUGGCAACGGGAUGAGUUGAUGCCAGUGAUGGAAGAGGGCUCACUGAGGCAGAACGGACAGGUCAUGAUCCAGAAGAGGGAGAUGAUUGGCAGCUCCAAGAUCCCACUGAAACAGCCCCCAGAUUCAUCAGAGAAAGAGAUCUUGGCUGGAGACCCCUUCAGAUCCUCUGUCAUCUCUCCCAGGAAAGGAGAAACAGGGCAGACAGCUGGGGUGGUGUCUCAGGUCUUUGCCUGCUCCCAGUGCCCAUUCACUCACAUGGAAGAAGUGAACCUUCACCAGCACAUUGAGAAGGUUCACCCAGAGGAGUACAGCAGGAUUCUGGGAUCUGGAGGAAAUGGAGCAGAGAACCCACUGCCUCCCAGCAGCACCCCACAUAACUUCACACACCCUAAGACACUCCCCACCCUGAUGCAGUCCCACAGAAGCACCCCAGGGGCCCACACAUGCCCCCAGUGUGGGAAGAGUUUCAGGUGUGCAUCAGCCCUGACAACACACCAGCGAACCCAUGCAAGAGAGCAGCCAUUCCACUGCUCCCAGUGCGGGAAGAAUUUCCGUAAUUCCAGUAAUCUGAGACAACACCAGAAAAUUCAUACAGGAGAGCGCCCAUACCACUGCUCCCAGUGUGGGAAGAGCUUCAGGCAGUCAAUUACUCUAAUAGAGCACCAGCGAACUCAUACAGGGGAGCGACCACACCAGUGUUCCCAGUGUGGGAAAUGUUUUCGUAAAUCAGGUAAUCUCACACAACACCAGAAAAUUCAUACAGGAGAGCGCCCAUACCAAUGCUCCCAAUGUGGGAAGAGCUUCAUUCAGUCAUUUACUCUAAUACGGCACCAGCGAACUCAUACAGGAGAGCGCCCAUACCACUGCACACAGUGUGGGAAGAGCUUCAGUCAGUCAACUACUCUGACACAGCACCAGCGAACUCAUACAGGGGAGCGACCACACCAAUGUUCCCAGUGUGGGAAGCGUUUUCGUAAUUCAGGUAAUCUGAAACAACACCAGAAAAUUCAUACAGGAGAGUGCUCAUACCACUGCUCCCAGUGUGGGAAGAGCUUCAGGCAGUCAAGUUGUCUAAUACGGCACCAGCAAAUUCAUACAGGUGAGCGGCCAUACCACUGCUCCCAGUGUGGGAAGAGCUUCAGUCAGUCAACUACUCUGACACAGCACCAGCGAACUCAUACAGGGGAGCGGCCACACCAAUGUUCCCAGUGUGGGAAGAGUUUUCGUAAAUCAGCUAAUCUGUCACAACACCAGAAAAUUCAUACAGGAGAGCGCCCAUACCAAUGCUCCCAGUGUGGGAAGAGCUUCAUUCAGUCAAUUGGUCUAAUACGGCAUCAGCGAACUCAUACAGGGGAGCGGCCAUACCACUGCUCCCAAUGUGGGAAGAGCUUCAGGCAGUCAAUUACUCUAAUACAGCACCAGCGAACUCAUACAGGGGAGCGUCCAUACCACUGCGCCCAGUGUGGGAAGAGCUUCAGGCAGUCAUUUGGUCUAAUACAGCACCAGCAAACCCAUACAAGGGAGCCCCCUAACCACUGUUCCUAGUGUGGUAAGAGGCACAGUAUCAUUUUUGAGAAAGCUGGGUCCUAGUGAGGUGAGAGGGAAAAAAGAAAAUGACAUCAGAUGGACUCUGCCUGCAACCUAAUCUAUUUGCCAUAAAUGUGGGACAGCUCCUUCUCACAGCAGGAAGCACUGCCCAGUAGUUGGACAGAUGAGCAAACCAGAGAGCAGAGAAUGCAACUCGCUGUUUGUGAUUGGUAAUGUAGCCAUACUUACAGUGCUGAACCUCACCAUUCAGAUAUCUUGGGGAGAAAGUAGUGACAUUUUUAAAUGGCAUGUCAUUUGAGCUUCUUGGGGCUGGAGGGAAACACAUGUAGGAACUUGGCACAAGCAGCACAAAGCCAGUCUGAUCUGCUGACACUGGGUUUGGGUCCUGUUGCCUUGAUUCACCCAGAAGUUGACACUGUGGCUCAGAUUUAUAACAAACACAAAAACUGCUGGAGGAUUGUACAAAUGAAAUGGAUGAGUACAUGUGUGAACACGAGCCCUGUCUGUACUGGUCCCUCAGUGGUGGAGUGAACUACCCACAGGGGUCAGGACAGCAGAAUCA